CUCUCAUUUGUUACAGUGGUUUGCUUUUGUGUUGCAGUGCCAAACCCAAGCCCGAAAUCCACGUGUCUAUGGCCUCUCCAGUCACCAUGUCUGUGGAAACCAUAUCCAGUCAAAGUAAUGAUCAGCCUACCAUUGCCAUCCCUCCAACUGCCCAGCAGCCUCCACCAGCCAUUCCAAGCAUGAUUGCAGCAGCCAGUCCCCCGACACAGCCAGCUGUUGCCCUCUCAACCAUUCCUGGAGCAGUCCCCAUCACUCCCCCCAUUACCACAAUUGCAGCUGCACCGCCACCGUCAGCCACUGUGGGUGGCAGUCUCUCCUCUGUCUUGGGCCCUCCUGUACCUGAGGUUAAAGUGAAAGAAGAAGUAGAACCAAUGGACAUCAUGAGGCCGGUUUCUGAUGUUUGUGCUCCUUUUCCUAUGACAGCAGUUCCUCCACUGGCUACCAGCACUGUGUCACCGUCUCUCUCAUUGCUGGCAAACAACCUGUCUAUGCCUACAAGUGACCUACCACCUGGUGCCUCCCCAAGGAAGAAGCCUCGAAAGCAACAGCAUGUGAUCUCGACAGAAGAAGGUGAUAUGAUGGAGGCAAACAGCACUGAUGAUGAGAAGUCUGCUGCCAAGAGUCUCCUGGUGAAGGCCGAAAAGCGCAAGUCUCCUCCCAAAGAGUAUAUCGAUGAGGAAGGUGUGAGGUAUGUCCCUGUGCGUCCAAGACCUCCCAUUACUUUGCUCCGUCACUAUCGGAACCCCUGGAAAGCUGCUUACCACCACUUUCAGAGGUACAGUGACGUCCGGGUCAAAGAGGAGAAGAAAGCUAUGCUGCAGGAGAUAGCUAAUCAGAAAGGAGUAUCCUGUCGUGCCCAAGGUUGGAAAGUCCACCUCUGUGCUGCCCAGUUACUACAGCUGACAAAUCUAGAACAUGAUGUCUAUGAAAGACUUACCAACCUACAGGAAGGGAUUAUCCCAAAGAAAAAAGCUGCAACUGAUGAUGAUCUACACCGAAUAAAUGAACUCAUACAGGGGAAUAUGCAGAGGUGUAAACUUGUGAUGGAUCAAAUCAGUGAGGCCAGAGACUCCAUGCUUAAGGUUUUAGAUCAUAAAGAUCGUGUUCUGAAGCUUCUAAACAAGAAUGGGACUGUCAAGAAAGUGUCAAAAUUGAAGCGAAAGGAAAAAGUGUAGACCCAGAAGAAUCAGGAGUUUGGAAACAGAAUUUGUGAAGAAUGUUGGUGGGGGUGGGGGGAGGGGUUUGGUUAUUUCCAAAGUGGAACACUGAAAUAAAGGAAGUAUUCCUUAAUUCACACGUGAAAGCUGAAGGACCCAUGGCAUCCAGUGGCAUGAAAGGACCUGAGCUGACCAGACACAGUGGGCCCCCUUCUUUUGUUCAGACGUGGCCCUGUUGAGCCUGCCCUGUGUCAUAAGUGACUCCUGAUGCAUCAGUGUCCACCAGUUGGAAGCAGUGACAAGGAUGGAUGACCAUCCAGCCAUCCGGUUAAUAGACUAUCUGGUGGAUUCCUGCAGGCCUCAUACUGAGCCUGGACUAAAAGUAUCCACUCGGACCAUCUGUUUUCUCUCUACACUGAAAAAUAAAACCUCUCCCACUUACCCCAUUCGGCUCUCUGCCUGACCUACAAAUGCCCAGUUGGCCUUUACAGCAGUGCCACAGCACCAAGCAACCACAUCUCACACUCUGAAGAAGUUCUUGUCAUUUCUUAAAAGAACCAUUUCCAAGUGAAUUGUUACAUGGUUUGUCCCGUGUGUGUCACAGUUGGGUUUUGUGGAUGUUCAGAGCAGGCAACAUCAUAAGUUGCUCUCAGAUCCGUGUUCUGAGGUCCUUUCUUGGCUAUCUGUACUUCUGUAGCUGGCGUGACGCUGUUAGUUGUAUGUACCACACAUCUCCAAACGUUAAUAAAGGAAUCAAAGAGGUUUUUGUACAUGA